UCGUAGGCAGCAGCAGCCGGAGUACUCGGGCGGUACACUGCAGCGUGGUCUUUCCUCUGUCUGUCUGACACCCACGGAAGGGAAAGUUCCGCGGAGUUCGUGAGCACACUGCCAACAUGUCUGGAGACGAGGACACUCCAGAGCAAACAAUUGCAGAAGAUGUGGUGGUCACCAAGUACAAAAUGGGAGCCGAAAUAGCUAACCGGGCUUUAAAGCUUGUAUUUGAAGCAGCUACACCGGGAGUGUCUGUGUUAAGUCUUUGUGAAAAAGGAGAUGCUUUCAUCAUGCAAGAAGCUGGAAAAAUUUUUAAGAGGGAAAAGGAAAUGAAGAAAGGUAUUGCGUUUCCAACUUGUGUCUCGAUAAACAACUGCGUUUGCCAUUAUUCUCCUCUGAAGAGUGACCCUGAUGUCAUAUUAAAGGAUGGAGAUCUUGUAAAAAUUGACUUGGGUGUGCAUGUCGAUGGCUUCAUCUCAAACGUGGCACACACCUUUGUUGUUGGAGUUACCAAGGAGAAUCCUGUGACUGGGAGAAAAGCCGACGUUAUCAAAGCAGCACACCUCUGUGCUGAAGCUGCUUUGCGUCUUGUGAAACCAGGAAACCAGAACACUCAGGUUACAGAAGCUUGGAACAAGAUUUCAAAGUCAUUCAAAUGCUCCCCUAUAGAAGGUAUGCUGUCUCACCAACUAAAGCAACAUGUCAUUGAUGGGGAGAAAACCAUCAUCCAAAAUCCAACUGACCAGCAAAAAAAGGACCAUGAAAAAGCUGAGUUUGAGGUGCAUGAGGUGUAUGCAAUUGACGUCCUUGUCAGUACAGGAGAGGGAAAGGCAAAGGAUGGGGGACAAAGGACCACUGUCUACAAAAGGGAUCCGAACAAAGUGUAUGGCUUGAAGAUGAAGACCUCCCGUGCUUUUUUCAGUGAAAUGGAGAGGCGCUUUGAUAGAAUGCCAUUUACUCUGAGAGCUUUUGAGGAUGAAGGAAAAGCUAAGUUAGGAGUGAUAGAGUGUGCAAAACAUGAGUUGUUGCAGCCGUUCACAGUGCUACAAGAGAAAGAAGGUGAAUUUGUUGCUCAGUUUAAAUUUACUGUGCUGCUCAUGGCUAAUGGACCACUGCGCAUUACAAACAGCCUCUAUGAGCCAGAACACUACAAGUCAGAGUUUGAUGUGGAGGAUCCAGAGCUCAAGACUUUGCUGCAAAGUUCAGCUAGCCGAAAGGCACAGAAGAAAAAGAAAAAGAAGGCUUCAAAAACUGUUGAGAGUGCAACUGGACAAGCAGCAUCAACUGAAGAAGCAGAGUAGAAAUAUCUGAAUAAUUGGUGAUUGAGAUCUGAUGUCCCAAAGAAAUCACAAAUUCUUUGUGUCCCAACAGAGGCACUUGUGAAAACUGCCACUGAGUAAUUCAAACAAAUGUUAACUUGGGGUGCUGCUGCUGCUGCUCCCGAAUUUUGUCACUCUCUAGGUCCAUGUUUUCUCCCACUGUCCUGAGAUGGUUAUAGGCAGUAUGCCAAUGAGAGGCAUGUAUUUAUGUCUCUAGAUGCUUCCAUCAAUUGACUGACAUCAAGUCUCACACUUUUUCACUAUAAUUGUAAAGAUAAAAAAAAUUAUAAAAUGAAUUUACCUAAAAAUAGGAUGGGAUGAUGAUACCUAUCAUGUCAAGUGUGAAUAUACGUUAGAAUUCAUACAUAUCAAACCAUUUUACUGUGUUACGAUAACUACAAUUUAUCAAAAAUAUAUAUUUGGAUUCCAAACAAUGUUAUUUCAAUUGGGUAUCUUUAGGACACUAGAUAUGGCUGUUUUUUAAAACUGACAUGACUUUUCAACUGUGAGUAUAAGUAUAAAGUGUUUGUACCACAGCCAAUUCCUUAUCGUCUGUGUUUACAUAAGAUCUCCAUACCUGUUAAACUUAUGGAUGCCUUUGUAAAACAACUAUCAGAGACUAUUUUUGGAAACAUUAAAAAGCCACAUGACAUA